AUGGGGCUGACACAAAGGAGCUUGGCCCUGAGCUGCAUGGCCACCAUCUUGAUUCUACAGAUGGCUGUGGCAGAGUACCCCAACUGGGUGUUGAACAGCAAGGCCCGGGUGUUUUCAGACCUGAGCACCCAGGAGAUAGAGGCUGUGCACAGCUUCCUGGUGAGCAGAACCGAGCUGGAGCUGCAGCCAUCUGGCACACAGGCUUUAGACAAGAACUCUGUGUUCCUCAUUGAGAUGCUGCUGCCCAAGAAGAAAGAUGUUCUUGAGUUUCUAGAUAAAGGAACAAAGCCUCCUGUGCGGGAAGCCCGGGUCAUCAUUUUCUUUAGUGCCCAGGAGCACCCCAACAUCACUGAGUUUGCUGUAGGGCCCCUGCCACAACCCAUGUACAUGAGAGAACUGUCCCCCAGGCCAGGAAAACAUCGGUCCUGGUCAUCCAGACCCAUGUCCAAAGCAGAACAAAGCCUUCUCUACCACAAAAUCAAGGAGGCAACCAUACCCUUGAAGAAGUUCUUCCUUGACCUCACAGGCUUCUCACUAGAAGACUGCAAUGGCCGGUGCCUGACCUUCACCAGUGUGGCCCCCCACAGUGUGCUGUCUAGACAUCGGGCCACUUGGUUUCUCUUACAGCGCAUUGCAAAAGACCACCUGCUGCAGCCCACGGGUCUGGAGAUCUUAGUGGAUCAUGGGAGCACAGAUGUCAGGGACUGGAGAGUACAGCAGGUCUGGUAUAAUGGUAAGCUCUACAACAGCCCAGAGGAACUGGCUCAGAAAUAUAUGGGUGGAGAAAUAGAUAUAGUGGUCCUCAAGGGCCCACCACCUAAGAACCCAGGGUACCGACAAAUCGCUAACAAGCCUGGUAGGAAAUUCCCAAGGCCCCUUAGCAAAUCCGGCUCUGAUGUGAAACAAGGCAAUGGUCCCAGAUACAGCCUGGAAGGUAACAGCGUGAUGUACAAAGGCUGGAGCUUCUCCUUCCAGCUUCGACCCUCUUCUGGGCUGCGGAUAUUGAACGUGCACUUCAGGAACGAGUGUAUAGCCUAUGAGAUCAGCGUGCAGGCUGCUGUGGCUGUGCAUAGAGAAAAGACACCUUCAGGGGAGCUGACCAAGACCAUGGAUCUAGGCUGGGGCAUGGGCAGUGUGACUCAUGAGUUAGCCCCUGGCAUCAACUGUCCAGAGACCGCCACCUUCCUGGAUGCCAUCCACUACCAUGACACUGACGGGCCUGUCCGUCAUCCACGAGCCCUCUGCAUCUUUGAGCUCCCCACGGAGGUGCCUGUCAGGCCCAACUUUCAAACUGACUUUGCAGGCAAAAUCAACUUCUUUUCUGAUGUGCUGGAACACAAGAUGGUGUUGCGGACAACCACAGCCCUCUACAAUUUUGAUUACAUCUGGGACUUCAUCUUCUAUCCUAAUGGCAUGCUCUCGGCCAAGGUGCAUGCCACGGGUUACGUCCACACCAUCAUCUACACCCCCAAAGGACUGGCUGAAACUCACCUGCUGACUCACCAACUUGGCAACAGUCACGCUCACCUUGUGCAUUACCGAGUUGACCUGGAUGUCGCAGGCACCAACAACAGCUUCCACACACAGCAGACCGGACAGGAAAACACCACCAACCCCAGCAGCCCAAGACACCACCCAGCCCAGGGCACAAAGGAAAAGACUCAGUAUUCCCAGGAGCGCCAAGCCACCUUCCCAUUUGGACAGACUCUGCCUCCGUUCCUGCUCUUCAGCAGCCCCAAAAGAGACAUCUGGGGACGUAGGCGCAGCUACCGCCUACAGAUCUACUCCACAUCUAAGCAGAGGCUGACCGCUGAGUCCCAGGAGGACUUGGCUUUCUCCUGGGCCAGGUGA